UGCAGGUCCACGGGUUCGGUGGCGAGCUGCAACAGAAGCCUGAGAGAAGCUCGAGAAGCUCGAGGAAGCACCUCUCGCAGGCUUCGGUCCCCUUCGCUGGGCGGGAGGCCAGGGGGCCAGGGGGGCCAGGGAGCUUGGGGCUUGCAAGGGCUUUGUUGUCGGGCUUGGGCCGCCAGCCAGGGCCCAGGGCCCAGGGCACCACAGGGCAUUGGGCCAUUGGCAGGCCAUGCGCCCGUGGGCAGUCAGGCCGAGGGCGGCCCCAGUCCACCACCUGGCAGCAGCGCGGCAGAGGGCCACCCGCUGAUCUGUGCCCCUUCUUCUAGAAGGCUUCCAAGGGUUCGAUUCGACGACGGGAAGGGCGAAAGAGGGGCAGCGCUAGGACAGACAGCUGCGGAAGGUGCGUAUGCUGGCCCCUGCUCGGCCGCGGAUGGCAGGAGGCCAAGCCCGGCAGCCGGCUUUCAUGUGCCCUUUCUGGCCUCUGCCCUCCAGCCCUUGAGGGGACCCCUGGGCCCAUGCUCGUCCUCCCGGGCGAGGGGGGGUUCGGUCACCCUCUAACCCCCCUCCCGCGGGGUCACCACCGUUUCCUGAUGCACGGCUACCUCGACGGUACGUGUGGGACGGGGCAGCACGGCCAUGCCAGGUGACAUCUUUGCUGCUCUUGUCCCCCACUUGAUUGCCUUGCCCUGCCAAACUCGGGCAGAGCGAGCCAAAGCUCCCUCGCCAGUUCCACGCUCAAUCUCCUGGCAGUCAUUUGAAUCUAAUUGCGACUGCUCUGACCUGCGUGCCAGUGAAGCUAUUGUUGUACGGUUGGUUGUACGGAGUACCUGCCCACCAGAUCUGCCCUGUCUUGGUCUGCAAAGCUCUGUCCUGCUCUACUUUGGGCCCUGCCCCGGCCUGGCCUUGGCUCUCUCUCGCUGCCUCUUUCCCUCUCACACACUCAGAGGUACACACACACACACCCUCUUCCCUUCUCACCGACCUCGUCUCGAGACUUCCCUCCCUCUAUCCCCGUCCGGACCACCCCCCUAGCCCGCCUUUGGUCUCCAGUCUCCAGUCUCCAUUCUCCAGUUUCCAGUCUCCAGUCUCGGCUCUCCUCCUCCCUGGGUCACCACGCAGUACCCAUUCCUUCCUUUCUCACCUCGCCUUUGACCUCCCCCCCAGCCCGACCGUGAACUGCCUGCUAGGCCACAUACUAGCUCGACCCGGCUGCCGACGUCAAAGCUGAGCUGCUCAGAUCGGCCCUCUCCUCCAGCUCAACAACAUCCAGCCCUAUCCCACCACCCCCCGUCGCCCUUCGCUCCACAAUCUUGUUCUGCCACGGUUGUCUGUCUUCUUCCGAAUAGCUUCCUGGUCCUUCAAUUCCGUCUCGAUCAGCGCAUCCGGGCCUGAGCAAUCAUACCAAUCAUCCCACGCCAAUCAUCACGGUGUCCCCGAUAUUGCCUAUAACACUCCGUUAUUGGCAUACACGACGCCCGUUACCGUGCUCGCCUGCUCGCCUGCUUGCCCUGCCUGCUUGCCUGCCUUACCGGGCCCGACCCCCCGACUCAGUCCCCUACCCAAACGUCGCCUCCUCCCUUUUAAGCUCGACGUCUGCUUCCUCAACCCACAACCUCCUGUGCUGCCGGCGCUCCUCUUUUCGCAGUCAAUACUCCUUCUUGACUUGUUUGUUUCUUGUUACCCAUUCGCUUUGUAUUCACUCAGUCGCGGCCGCUCUCCAUCUGCCUUGUCAUAGUAGACGCCACAAGACCCCACUCAAAAUUAGCUGAAAGGUACGGACAAGAACCCCCUUCUUGACCUAGCCCAGUAUAUCGGACCCAUCACAAGGACCACCGCCGGGGCAGGCCCAGCAACAGCCGCUCUUAUUAGGGCCCAUGCACCCUCUCCUGUUUUAAACAAGUCCCUUUCCUCUGAUUUGUUUUGUGUUUCGCAGCUUGCUUUAGGUCGUUUGCAACAUGACUCUCCCGGUUGCUUACACGAACGAGAUACAGGAUUUGAACAGCCAAGUGCUGCGAUCCAAACCCCGAGAUAUCCUGCAGUUCUGCUGUGAUCACUUUGCCAGUCGGCUGGCCUCGGAACGCAAGAAGAAACUGUCCCAAGACACGCCCAACAAGCGCCUCAAGUUAGACAAAAGUAGACCACUCGCCAUGUCGAGCAGCUUCACCAGCCCCUUUGGGGCCCACACAAACCCCUUCGGUUCCAACGAGGGCAGCAUGAUGCAGAGGGUCAUGGAGGAGGAGGAGGAGAACGACACCGUUACCUCGCCCACGACUGGUACCUUCAACUUCAACUCAGGCUCCAUGUUUAGCGGCCCAUUUGGCGGCGAUGGCAGCUCCGACCCCCCCUCCUCGCUGCGCAGUCCGCCCAACCCCGAGAACUUUCCGGCGCAGUACAACUUUGGCCGUCGAACCUCCGUCUCGGCCGAGUCCCUCAAGCCCGUCGCGGAUAACAACGACAACUGGCAGCCCCCGGUGUACCCCAAGUCGGAGGAACAACAGACAAGGCUCACAAAUUCGAUUGCCAAGAACUUCCUGUUCAGCCACAUGGACGACGAGCAAAAGGCCCAGGUCCUAGGAGCGAUGCAGGAGAAGCCAAUCCCGGCAAAGGACAUUAAAGUUAUUACCCAGGGCGACGCUGGGGACUACUUCUACGUCGUCGAGAAGGGAACUUUUAACGUCUUUGUAAACUCGUCUGGAGUUCAACAGCCCGGCCCCGACGGCCUUGGGACACAGGUCGGCAGCAUCGAGGCAGGGGGUUCCUUUGGCGAGCUUGCCCUCAUGUACAAUGCGCCCCGUGCCGCCACUAUAAUCUCAGCCGAGGCAAACUGCAUGCUCUGGGCCUUGGACCGACUGACCUUCCGCCGGAUCCUGAUGGAGUCCACGUUCCAGCGCCGGCGCAUGUACGAGAGCUUCCUGGAGGAGGUGCCGCUGCUCAAGACGCUCACGUCGUACGAACGAUCCAAGAUCGCCGAUGCCCUCGAGACCCAGAAGUACCCACCGGGGACUGCCGUAAUCAAGGAGGGCGACCCAGGCUACGAUUUCUACCUGCUCGAGAGCGGUGAAUGCGACGCAUACAAGGAUGGUGUCCACAAGGAAAGGAUCAACCUCCGGCACUACGAGAAGGGCGACUUCUUUGGUGAGCUGGCGCUGCUCAACGACGCGCCCCGCGCGGCCACGGUGAUCAGCGUGACAGAAGUCAAGGUUGCCAAGCUUGGCAAGAACGCCUUCAACCGCCUGCUGGGCCCGGUUGAGAGUAUCAUGAGAAGAACAAAAUCUGGAAGCAUGUCCCGACCCAACUCCCGAAGAAACACGACGGAAUGCGGCCUUUCGCGCGGAACCUCGAGGAUGCGGGCCUGGACGACGGACGGACAACUGGUGGAGGCUUGAACGACGGUACGGUAUGUAUGGACGCAACGCAAGUGCAAGCAGAGGCUUGAACCGGGGAGGGUUUGGAUGUGGGACGGACCACACUGGAUGCUGGAGUUCGGCUACAACGGCGUUUUUGCGGGUGACGGCAUUAUCGACUGGCAGACAAGAACACUUUACCUCUUUCCUUCGCUAGCCUAUCGUGUUAGGAGAUUAUUGUUUUGUUUUUUGGAACAUCAGAUACCUAUGGAACAGAAAAAGACGAGUGCUGCGGUAGGGCGCUGCUCCGGAAUUAUAACACCUUCAUUAAUAUCACC